UCAACGUGUUCAGCUGUUUGUCUGCGUGCUCACAGCUCUUCUUUUCACCUAUAGAAUGUUAGGGAGACGUUUUCCCCUUUUCUCACUGUCAUUAUUUAUUUAUUUAUUUGUCUCAGUUGUUACAGAUGUCUUUCUUCCUGCUCGCCACUCUUGUUGAUUUCCAGCGUGUUCAGAAGUCCUUCGUUUUUUUGACCUCGCUCAAAGAUCUCCUCUUCUCCGUCUUCGUGUUUCCUGUCGGCUCGUUUGUCGUCCUUCUCUUCUGGACCAUCUUUGCUUUCGACAGAGAGUUAGUCUACCCAGCGACCAUCGACGCCUUCUUCCCCCCCUGGAUGAACCACGCCAUGCACACGUUUGUACUUCCUGUGUUACUCGGAGAAGUUCUGCUGCAGCCUCACGUCUACCCACCGAGGAAACUCGCACUGACGGCGUUAGCAGCUGUGGGCGUGGCUUAUUUAUUCUGGAUUGUUUGGGUGUACCUGUCGGUCGGGCUUUGGGUCUACCCCCUCCUUGGACGUCUCAGCUCAGCUGGUCUGGUCUUCUUCUUCUUCUUCAACAUGUCUGUGGUGGCGUUUCUUUACGAGCUCGGAGACAAACUGAACGUCCUUGUGUGGAGUCAGAGACGUGCCGUUAAAUCCAGAGAAGAGUGAUGUCGUCUAACCUGAGUGUCUGUGACUUGUGCUUCAUGACGUGGUUUCUUUUUUCUUUAAAAGCUUAUAAAAUAUCAAAUCAUUCAUUUAUAAGAACAAACCCCUAAAAACCAAAAUUACCAACAUUUAACACCUUCCACCACCUCACCUGUUUCAGAUCCACUACCUCACCUGCUUCAGAUCCACUACCUCACCUGUUUCAGUAAAGAUCCACUACCUCACCUGUUUCAGAUCCACCACCUCACCUGUUUCAGUAAAGAUCCAUUACCUCUGACGGAGAGUCUCCUGAGAAAUCUUCUGAAGAACAACUGAAGAAAUGUCAUCCAGAACUCAAAAACAAAGAGUUUAAACCCCUUACCCUGUAAUCAACUGUUAGCUCUUAGCUAAAGUAUAGAUAGCCUUAUUCUACAACUGUUACUAUUAGCCAUACUAGCCUCUGCUAGUCAGUGUGUGAAGGGCUAA